CAGAUUUUGAAUCAAAUUAGCUAUUAUUUCAAAUGAAAUGGACAGAUCACCACGUCGUAUUGCUUCUCCUGUCAACAGAACUCCAUCUUUUGAGAUAGCAAUUUUAACAUCUCCACCACUAUCACCACAUCAUGAUCUUCCACCAAUGGAACCAUCACCAAUAUCACCAGAUCCACCACCAUUGCCUCCUCAUUCAUUUUCACCGAGACGAAAAGUACAUGAAUCAAUUGUUCGAGAAGUUAGAGAGUACCAUCUCCAAACAACUUCGCGAAUUCCGUUCUCCCCUCCACCUACAAUACAAAUUCAUCCAGCUCCAAUCGCGGGUCCCGAAUCCACUUCGAGUUUUCGGACAAAUCCGGAAGAGAAUAGAGAUGAUGAAGAAGAUAAUGUUGAAGAAACAGAUCAAGAAAUUGAAUUUCCAGUAACUGAGGAAAGAUCAAUUGAUCCAGAAAUAACUGAACAACCAGAAGAGCCGGAGAGAGUUGAAGAUGAACAACAAAAAUCCGGAGAUGAUAACCUUGAUAAUCGGUUGACACAACAACUAGAAGCUCCAUCCGAUCGAAGAAUUAUAUUUCCAAUAACGCCAUUUUAUCGAAGAAAAGGAACAUGCUCGAAAUGUUCAAUCUGGCUAGGUGCUCUUUGUGCUUUGUUUUUCCUAUUAUCAAUUGCACUUUUCCUUGUUUGGGUAAUAACCACUGAUGGGUUCCGGACAAUUGGUGCAAAAUCUACAAAUGUUUGCAAUACAAGGCAAUGCAUUGACAUUGCAUUCCGACUUUCGUCUUGCAUUGACGACGAAAUUGAACCAUGCGAGAAUUUCUAUCGUUACAGUUGUCAAAGAUAUCAUUCUCAGACAGCUGAUAAACAAAUGAGUUUUUUAAGUCAACUCAAAGAUGAAUCACUUCGAAGAAUGCAUAGUCUUCUGUCAUCUGAAGAGGAUUCAAGGUUACUUCCAAAGUCUGCAAGACUUUCAAGAAGUUUGUACUCAGCAUGUAUGAAUGCAGUUCUUCGAUCUUCAAAUGCACCAACAGAUCUACUAACAUUCAUUCGAAACUUUCCGUGUGGCCCGCUUCUCCGUGAUUGCCAAAAUUUCCACGCAGACUCAUAUAGUUGGGAACGACAUGCGGGAAUGUUGGAUUGGUAUGCAGGACGCUAUAAUUUAAUUGUAUAUGAUAGAGAUGUACAUCCACAAGAUAGAAGCAAGAUUAUUUUACAGAUAAAACCACCCGAUUUGACACCAAUAGUUGGACUAAUCGAAAGAGAUCUGAUUGAUCUUGCAAGGCCAAGUCCUACAGAGUUUGAACCUCUUCUGCAAUUGUCAUUGAGACAGAAUUUGCUCAGCGCGUUUGCUCGAGAUAGUUUACUUCGUGAUCCUCGAGAUGUUCAAAGUCAACUGGACGAGGUAGCUCGACUGAUGGUUGAUCUUUAUAUUUCUGCUAGACAAUCAGCUAGUCUCACACCUAAUACGACGUAUAUGACAAUUGGAGAAAUGUUUCAAGCAUUACCUCAACUCUAUCUUCGAGAAUUCCUAGAUGCACAACUUUCAAACACAUACAGAUGGACUGAAACUGACAUGUUAUCUAUUCAGGAUUAUGAUUAUUUUGCAAGACUUUCGGAUAUCAUGGCACAAACUAGUCGCCAAGCUGUUGCAAAUUAUUUAUUAACUGUGACUGUCUGGAAUCUGAAACAAUAUUCAUAUUCUCCAAGAGAUCAGUAUGGAUGGCGCGAAUGUGUCGAUCAAAUUUCAUCUUUCGAAAUUGGAAGAAAAAUGUAUGUGGACAAAGCAUCACAAACAAUUGAUCUUCCAAAAAUUCAAGAAUUCCUUCAAAAUCUUAAGAUAGAUUUUCUCUCCGUCCAUCGUAGCACUCCUCUUCAAUAUUUAUCAAAUAUAAACCGUCUUGGUUUUUAUGUUGGAUUCCCGAGACGUUUACAAAAUGAGGAACUCAUUUGGAAGCCAGUUUCACAGGUGUCACUUAAUGAAACAGACUAUUUUGAUUCAAUGAUAAGAGUUGGAAAAGCUGAAAGAGAUUAUACUAUGUCGCAGAUUGGAACAUAUUUGGACAAUGACGACACAACGACUUUCCCAAUAAGUGAUCCAACAAUGCUUUAUAAUUCUAAUGUUGGAGCAAUAGUGAUUCCACUUGCAUUCAUUGAACCUCCAAUUUAUUUACCUGGUGAUGAAGUUCCUAUGUAUGGUAUCUAUUCAAGUCUUGGAAUAACCACGCUUCAAAUGAUUUCAAAAGUUUUUUGGCAAGGCUUAGAUAAAACGUCUCAACUGGAAUGUCUUGACAACGUAUUCCGUGGAUUCCUGGAUGCAAACCGACAGAGAUCACCAAACAUUGAACCUGAACUUUUAGCAACUAUUGAAUUAGCAGAUGCAUUUAAAAGUGCAUUGUAUUCUUAUGCAAAAUGGCAAAAUGAUCAUCAUAUUCAUCACGAGAAGACGCUUCCAGCAUUCGAUUCAACUGAUAGUAUGAGAUCUCUAAUGCUCACUUUUUCUACGAUGUUCUGUAGCGGAGAAGGAUCAGAACCUGGAAGUGACUACGAAGCAAUGAUCAAUACAGUUGCUGAAAAUUCUCGAAUGUUUUCAAUACAUUUUAACUGUAACAAUUCUAGUCGUCUUUACAACCGUCGAACUUGUUUAUGAUUGUUUUUUCAACCUGUGAUUAAUUAUUUAACUCUAAUUAUCUUUUCCUUAAUUCAAACUUCCACAAGAAUUCAGUUAUGAAUAACACUUUUCAAUAUUUUAUUCAAUUUCUUAUGAAAAGAAAUGAAAUCAUUUAGC